AUGGGAUCCUGGUUUUCGAAAAAAACGGCGCCGUCCACUGAGUUGCAGCAAAUUUGCACUGAGAUACAUUAUCACAAGGAACACAUUGCCAGUCUCGACCAGGUUGACUAAACGAGUGAAUAAAGGUUAGAAAUGUUUGAUUUUCAGAGACGCUCAAGUUUGAUGUUUGGCUAUGCCCUUUUCAUUUUCAUUCUUGGUACCAUUUUCUCAGCUCAUUCUUGGAUUGCCUACGACCAUCCAACUAAUGUGAGUUUUCUGAUUUCCAGAGACGUGUAAAAAACUUCGAGAAAUGCGAUAUAAUUCAUUUGAACAACUGCGAUUCUUCCAUGAUUUUUAAUUUUUUUUUUUGAGUUAUUGUUGAAUAUUGUUGAAUAAAGUUGAAAAAAUAAAUAUCAUAAAUUAAUUUUCUAAGUAUCUAAUUUUCCGACUUUUAAAAUUUACAGUUAUUCGUGAUCGGUGCCGCCACUUUCGCCACGAUCGCCAUCAUCGCCUUUGGAAUAUACGUUAUCCGUUCAUUCUUCCGCUGGAGAUCUUCUGUCGCAACGCAGGUUUAUUUCUCCUUAUGUCGCAAUUUUCAACUUUUUCUCACAGCGUCUGGAGAACGCAAGAACCAGGAAAGAAGAAGUCUUGGAACGCGUUCGCGAUACGAUGCCGUUCAGAGUAUGUUUUCUUUUCGUCUUUCUUCAAAAGCUUUUUCCAUUUACAGGAAGCGCAAACUAUUCUGGAACGGUACACCGACGAGACGAAAUCGAUCGUAGUUGCUCCAACGCCUUACCGAGACGGUUCCAUGGCUCCACCGCCCGUUCUUUUGAACAGAGUCAUCCACGAGAAGCCGGUUAGAUUGACUCCAGGUAAUCUCUUUUUAGUGAGGAAAAUCAGAAUUUUUGUGUUACAAGCAUCUAAAGUUACUUUUCACAAUGAAAGUUUCUCAAACGUCGAAAAUUGGUACAGAAAAGACGUUCUUCCAGGUCCCACUCGAAUCAUCCAGCCGAAACCUUUUGUGCCACCGGUCACCAAACUGGAAACUCCAAAACCAGACGUUUCGACUUCGAAACCGGUCGCUCAAACGCAGAACACUCCAGUGGCCAGGGUUAUUUUUUAUUUUCAACGGAGGAAAUUGCAGAAACUGGUGUCUUUCAAAAAAUAUUUUUCGUGAUAACUUCUCUAUGGGGCGCCAGAAGAUCGACACACUAUUUCGUCGUUAUCAAGCUGCUUGAAAACGACGAAAUAGUGUAGGUUAGAGAGAGAGUUUCAGCGAUCUUUUGGCGCCUCACGUAAGAGUUUGAUCCAAACGUCAGAGGAAAAAACACGAACAUCGAUCUUCGAUCUUUUGCACCAAAAAACAACACGGAAAUUUUUGCAGCCGCGUCCAGUCAUCAAGCCCAUCUUGCAACAGGCGCGCCCUGUCGAUCCCAGCAAGCAAGUCCCGCAAGGAGUCUUCGACCGCCUAAUUGACUUUUUCACAACUGACGGACCUGAAAACAAGUAUGUAAACGAAUAACGUUUCUCCUAUGAAAAAUGAGCCAGAAACUUCAAAAGUCAAGACAACGCGGAAGGUCAUUUAAAAAAAUGUUUUUUUCUUCUUCUAAUGCUUACGCGUCUGUACCGUUUGAGCGUCGUCGGCGUUCCAAGUCGAUUAGCCGAGGUCGUCUCCUGGUACCAGUGGUAACCAGUGGAUAUACUCUAGUGAAAUAUCCGUCCUUGUGUGUGUGACGGCUGAGGAUUCUGAAGCCGUGGUUUUCCUUCUUCAACCUUCUUCGAACCUUGUCGUUGGCGGAGAUCGAGCUUUUGACUUUUUGAACCAAGAACAUAACCUUUUCGCAACGCUGCUAUUUAAAAAAAACUUUCUAAAAUUGGCUUUACUCAGACCUCAGUCAAAACCUUCUCUUUGCAGGAUAGCGCUGCUGUGUCAAAGAUGUGGAGCUCAUAACGGGAUGAUCUUCGAGGGCGAAUACAAGCGAGGUCAGCAGUGGAUGUGCCUUUACUGUCGCGCUAUGAACCGCACAUCUUCCGCCCCGUCUUCCGAAACCAGCACACCUAAAGCUACUGCAGCCAGUGUCAGACGUCGUCCAGACCACUCGGUAAGACGUUUGAAAAUUUUUAGAGUUGAAAAUAGCCAACAUGAAUACAUCUAUUUGUGGAAACAGAUGAAAAGUCACCAAAAAGUUUUGAAGCAAGAAGGAAAAUUGUGAACGUUUUCAAGCUUUUGUCUCUUGCAUCUUUUUUCUUGGCCUGUCCUUCCUGUUUUUUUUAUAAACCUUGAUCCAUUUCCUCCUCAGUGAAAUUGAGGAAAAACAUGACAUCAUCUAGUAGAAGGCCAAAAAAAAUUAGAAAAAAAAUUUUGAAAUAAAGUAAUGAUCUUCUGAUUGCCUUUUAAAAGCGAAAAGGUUAGAUAUUGUGAUUGCAGAAAUAUUACAACAUUUUCAAACUUUAAACAUUUUUCAGAAAGAUAGCUCCGCGUCUAACAAAAGUAACGGCACCCCUGAAGAGAAAAACGUGGAAAAACCAUCGGUAGAGACGACCAGCGAGAACAAACUUGAAGACGAAGGUUUUGAAAAAAUUGACAACGUUGAAGGUGAAAAGGAGACGGAGGAAGACAAGGACCAAGAAAAAAUCGAAAACGAUUAA